CUAUGGGCACUAUCCGCUAUCCCUGUGAGAGACUGAAGAUGGAGGAGGUCAUCGCGGGGCUGGCAGGGGUCACAUUCGCCUUUGAGCGGGAUGUGGAAUUGCAGAAGGGCACUGGGCUCCUGCCUUUCCAGGGCAUGGACAAGUCCAACUCAGCUGUGUGCAACUUCUUCGCUCAAGGGCUGUGUGAGAAAGGGAUGCUGUGCCCGCUUCGGCAUGAGAAGGGCGAGAAGAUGGUGGUGUGCAAACACUGGCUUCGGGGGCUCUGCCGGAAGGGUGACUGCUGCAACUUCCUGCACCAGUAUGACGUCGACAGGAUGCCGGUGUGCUACUUCCACUCAAAGUUCGGUAACUGCAGCAACAAGGACUGCUCCUUUCUCCACGUGAAGCCAGCUGCCAAGCCCCGGGACUGCCCUUGGUAUGACCGAGGGUUCUGCAAGGACGGUCCCCUGUGUAAAUACCGCCAUGUCCAUCAAGUAAUGUGUCUCAACUACUUCACCGGCUUCUGCCCCAAGGGACCUAAGUGCCAAUUUGGGCAUCCCAAGAUGAGUCAGGUACUGCACCCCAGUAACGUGAAGCUUGUUAGCCAGCCCAGGGAUCCAACAACUCCAGCUUCUUCCAACAGAACACUAGUGGCCCCUUCCCAGGCAAAGCCCAUAGUUCACCAUCAGAAGAGCUGGACCCUGCCUCCUGCCUGCAGCUCCAGGGCCCAGCUUGCACCAUAGGAACCUUGGAAAUCAAGAACUACUUUGUCUGGCAAUAUGGGAGCUGAACCAGAAUCUUAAGUCUCUCUUAUGGGUCAGAUCUUGCGAUUAUUCCCAGGCUGGUCUCAAACCAUGGCACUUAUGAGGUUUUCCCACCUUAGUCUCCUGAACAAGACCCCUGUGAGGCUAGAGAAACCAAUACAUUCUUUUGAAAACUAGCCUGUG